AUGGGCUCAGUGUUUCUUCCACACUUGAAGACUGCAUGGCAUGUUGACCAAGCCAUUCUUUCAGAAGAUGAUCGUGUUGUAGUGAUACGUUUUGGCCGAGAAGAGGAAACAGAAUGCAUGAUUCUAGACGAAAUCCUUUAUUCAAUCUCGGAAAAGAUCAAGAACUUUGGUGUCGUAUACUUGGUGAAUCUUGAUCGUGUUCCAGACUUUAAUCAAAUGUAUGAACUAGACCAAAAUCGACGAGAGCCAUAUACAUUGAUGUUUUUCUAUCGAAAUAAACAUAUGCUAGUUGAUUUUGGUACCGGUAACAAUAACAAGUUAAAUUUUCCCAUCUACGACAAGCAAGAGUUGAUUGAUAUUAUAGAAACCGUGUAUCGUGGUGCAAGAAAGGGCAAGGGAUUGGUGAUGAGUCCCAAGGACUAUAGUCGAGUAGCAAAAAAUAUAUAG